GGAACCCGGAAGAGCAUGCUGUCUUCUUGCAAGGAGUGGAAGAGGCUUUGCAUUUGCAAUGAGAAAAGGCCUGUCUUGGAUGAGAAUCACGGACAUGUGACGGUUUGAGAAGAAACGGCUGAGAAAGAUUGGCGUCUCCUCCGCCAUCUUGCAAAAUGUCAGAAGCACGCAAAAGUGUUCUGGAAUUGGAGGCCUUUUGUGUGGAAAAGUCUCCUCCAGCUGCCUAUUAUAUUCCCGAUUUCAUCUCUGAGAAAGAGGAAGCCUAUCUCCUCCAAGAGGUUUAUGGGGCCCCAAAGCCGAAAUGGACUCAGCUAUCUGGACGGAGGCUGCAGAACUGGGGAGGGCUGCCCCACCCAAAGGGGAUGGUUCAAGAGAAGCUGCCCCCUUGGCUCCAGACCUACACAGAGAAAGUCUCCUCCCUUGGCGUUUUUGGAGGGGAACAGGCCAAUCACGUCCUAGUAAAUGAGUACCGUCCUGGUGAAGGCAUCAUGCCUCAUGAGGAUGGACCAUUAUAUUUCCCUACCGUUACAACCAUCAAUUUAGGGUCUCACACCCUCCUCGAUUUCUACCAUCCUGUCAGCAGAGGGCAGCAAAUGGAAGUUGAAGAGGAGCUUUCCCUGCAGACAGAAGAGCAGCGCCACUUCCUAUCCUUGCUCCUCAAGCCCCGGAGCCUCUUGGUCUUGCGGGAAGACAUGUACACCCAUUACCUUCAUGGUAUCCGCUUCGUCACAGAGGACACUGUUACAGAGCAAGUGGCUAAUGCAUCCAUGUGCGGCUCCAAACUUGGAGACAGGUUGCAGCGGGGGACGCGGGUGUCGCUCACGAUCCGCCACGUCCCGAAAGUACUGAAAACCUCUAUUAUUCUGGGCAAAAGGAAAUGACUGUUUCGCUUUGCAGGGUGCAGUGUUCUUCCAAGCAAACCAAAAAAAUCCCAUUGUGUGUAGAAAUCUUAGCAUGCCAGGGAAGUAGAGUUCUCUUUCUGACAUGCAGGGACUGCUCUUUGCCACGAAUUACGGGUAUGUUUUUUGUUUUUUUUUAAGAUUCUUGGUUCAAUAUGGAAAAAAAAUACUCCAUUUACCAGUCUCCGCGCACGUCUUCAGUGACUUUGCUUUGCUGUCUGCGGCUUGUGAGAACAACCCCCUAAAUGCACAUGAUUUAUGCAAGAGCAGCCACUAGCAACCACAAAUCUGCAUGCGCUAUCAGGAAAGGGAGGAACAGUAUGUGUGAGAGAGAGACAAGAAUAGUAAGCCCUGGAGACAAAGACAAAGGAGGAGGAGGCUAUGGCAGCAGCUUUGAUACAUACUGUAUAUACACAUGUAUAAAUUGACCUUAUGUAUAAGUCGAGGGCAGGUCUUGAGACCAAACGUAUAGAUUUUGAUAUGAUC